AGAGAAGAAAAAAAAAAGCCAUAAAUUUGUGCAACAACAACCUAGCUUUGUGUUUUAUUGUGGGUUUGUUUCACUGUUAUUUCACCUUUAAGUAAUCCCUGCAUUUAUCUCGCUCUUCUUCUCUCUCUCUCUCUCUGGUUUCUGCAUUUCCUUUUCCUGUUUCUGUUCUGUCUUUUGUGUUGUUUGGUUUUUUCUCUCUCUCCCUCUAGUUUGAUUUCAAUGGCUUCGAGUGCUUCAAGGUUCAUCAAGUGUGUGACUGUUGGCGAUGGCGCUGUUGGCAAAACCUGUAUGCUCAUCUGCUACACCAGCAACAAGUUCCCAACUGACUACAUACCAACGGUUUUUGACAACUUCAGUGCAAAUGUUGUGGUUGAAGGCACCACAGUGAACUUGGGGCUCUGGGAUACUGCUGGGCAGGAGGAUUACAACAGACUAAGGCCUUUGAGCUAUAGAGGGGCAGACGUUUUUGUCUUGGCUUUCUCAUUGGUCAGCCGAGCUAGCUACGAGAAUGUACUCAAAAAGUGGAUCCCUGAACUCCAACACUUUGCACCAGGAGUCCCUAUAGUUCUGGUCGGUACCAAAUUGGAUCUUCGGGAAGAUAAGCAUUAUUUGGCCGAUCAUCCAGGACUGGUCCCUGUAAGUACUGCACAGGGAGAGGAACUUCGUAAGCAGAUAGGUGCAAUGUAUUACAUCGAAUGCAGCUCGAAAACUCAGCAGAAUGUGAAAGCUGUGUUUGACGCUGCAAUCAAAGUAGUAAUCAAACCACCCCUGAAGCUGAAAGAGAAGAAGAAGAUGAAGAAGAAGAAGCAAAAGUCACGUCCUGGCUGUCUACUCAACGUCCUGUGCGGGAGGAGAGUCGUGCGGCACUGAUUUGGGCCAAAACCUCAGCCUCAUUGAUCAUUUUCAGUUACCACUUUUGUGUUUUUGUCUGAAAUGAAAUAUAUAUUUGUAACCAGAGGACCUGACAAUCCAUAAAAUAGUCACAUGACCAUGAGAGUUUGUUCCCUUUUUCUGGUUUCUUCUGUAUAAUCAAACACUCUUCUCAA